AGAAUGAAGGAACUUGAGAGUGUUAUGGCUAGACGUUUAAAGAGAUUAGAAAAUAACUAUCCUGAUACUGUAAAGGCAUACAAAUGGUUAAAGGAGAACAAAGAUAAAUUUGAAGGGAAAAUAUAUGGCCCCAUUGUUCUUCUUUUGAACCUCAAAGAUCCUCGCUAUGCUGCAAUAGUGGAAAAUGCUUUAGGUGGUGCUAGAAGUGAUUUACUAAGAGAAUUUGUUUGCGAGAAAGAAUCAGAUUAUCGUAAAAUCACGUCUUAUCUUGUAGAUAAACAAAAAUGGAGAGUCAAUUUUUCAUGGCCUGACGAUCUUUCCGAUACUUCAACUGAAUCACCUAUUUCAACUGAAGAACUUAAGCGAAAGUUUGACAUGGAUGAUUUUAUAGUUAACUUAAUUGAUGUGCCAGAGUAUAUUAAACGCUAUCUUUGUUUAGAAAGAAAGAUACAUUUAUUUCCUGUAGCACUUCAUUGUUCCCGAGAACGUGAAGUUGCAAGUUCCGGUAUUUUUGGAAAAUUUAAUGUGGGUCAUACAUCCUAUAUUGUUAAAGCAAGCCAAUACGGUACCAAAGCGCGACAAACUACAGCUACAGCUAUUCGUAAUGCUGAAUAUCUUGGAAAUUCAAUUGAUAAUAGUGAGCAAAAUAAGUUAAAGGAUGAUAUCAAAACUAUUCAAGCUAAAAUGCAACAGGCAGAUAUUAUCAUUAAAGAAUUAAGUGAUAAUUAUGAUAAAAUCAAGCAAACAAUACAGCAAAAAAAGUACGAGAAAGAUGAUUUGAGAUCUCAGAAGAGAGAUGCUCAAAGUGCCCUUGUAAAAUAUAAUACAGGUAAAGAUAAAUUACGAAUACUGAAAGAAAAGUUAGAAGAAAUCAAGAAAAUGCCUGAAGAAAGUAAGGAGAUGAUUCGGAAAUUAGAAUCAGAAACUAUUUCUAUUAUAAACCAAGAAAAGAAAAUAUUGCAUGAGCAUGGAGAAGCCUUGGAGGAAGCAAUUGACCUUUAUGAAAAACGGAAUUUGUUAUCUUUACAAUGUACAUUUUUAGAAGCUCGUUUAUUCUCUAUUCGAAAUUAUGUUCGACAACAAAACAGCCAACGAGAAGAAGCUGAGAAAAUGUUGGCAUUAACUAAAAAAGAAUACCAACUUGCAGAAAAAGAAGUUAAACAGUACAUGGAUAAAUGUAGAGUAGCAGGUCGAGACCUUCCAGAAGAUCUUGUUGAACCUUUUAAAGAGAUCUUAACACGAUGGAAAGAAGAUAGUUUGCAAAUUAGUCUUGAAGAGCUUGAAAACGAAAUUUCAACAAAACAAGGAGAGAUCGCUUCUAUUCGAUUUGCUAACCCUAAUGCCAUGAAGCAUUAUGAAGAAAGAAAAAAAGAGAUUGCACGCUUGAAAGAAAAGAUACUUGCAGAUGAAGUUCAAUUAAAAGAAUAUGAAACUAAAAUUUUACGACUUAAGAAUCAAUGGGCUCCACUUGUUAAAAAUCUUGUUGGAAAAAUUAACGCCAAGUUUUCUGCUGCUUUUCAACGUAUUAAUUGUGUUGGUGAAAUUAGAGUUCAAGAAUCAGAAGACUUUGAUAAAUGGGGUAUCAACAUAUAUGUCAAGUUUAGAGAUAACGAAAAACUUCAAUUGCUAACUGGACAACGUCAGUCUGGCGGUGAACGAUCUGUUACGACAAUUUUGUAUUUAAUGUCACUUCAAGACCUUGCAAAGUCACCUUUUAGAGUUGUAGAUGAGAUUAAUCAAGGUAUGGAUCCUCGAAAUGAGCGUAUGAUUCAUGAACAAAUUGUACAAGGCGCAAGUAGGCCAGGUACAUCACAAUACUUUUUAAUUACACCCAAGCUAUUGCCUGAUUUGUUUUAUAAUGAGCGUAUUCGUAUUUUAUGUAUUUAUAAUGGUGAAUGGGUCCCAACAAAAAUCAAGCCUUUAUCUGAAUAUUUAAAUCAUGCACGUAGAGUAGGGAUAGCUUAA